CCUGUGGAAGUGGUCCGUGCGGUUGGCGAACUUAUUGAAGCAGGAACGCGUAGAGGAGAACGGGAAGAGCCACUGCCUGCAUUACCUGCAGUUCGACGAGGACGCGUACCGCAAGAAAAGAGAACAGGAGUUGCGCGACCAGCUGAAAAGCGAACGCAAAGAGCGUGCUGGCGCUGGUGUGCAACACGACGGAACAAAAUUCGUAGUUGCGGACGACGAGGAGGACAUUGACAAAAUGACGCUUCGCCUGUGCUUCUGGGACCGCGAGACGCGCUCCUACGAGUGGGAAAAAACGUUGCCU